AUGGAGCUGACGGACAGCUACGACGAGCGCUCCUCCUUGUUCGGGCUGAAGACGCUCUUCCAGUUCGUCGGGUACGCGGCAACCCCCCUCCUCAACAUCGGCCUGUCUGCCCUCCUUGCCGACGACCUCGUCGCGCUCUACUCGAUGCUCGCCCUCGCCGUCGGCUCCCUCGCCGUGCUGGCGUGGGCCUCGCUCCUCUGCAACGUGGACCACACCAUCCUCCCCGUGCCGAUCGUGCCGUCGGCGCGGCGCGUGCUCGCCAACAAGCCGUACCCCACCUCCAUAGUAUCGAACCCAGUCUGGGUUCAGUCGCGUGGGUGGUGCGGUACUAGGCGCGUGCUCGCCAACAAGCCGUACCCCACCUCCAUAGUAUCGAACCCAGUCUGGGUUCAGUCGCGUGGGUGGUGCGGUAUUAGGCGCGUGCUCGCCAACAAGCCGUACCUGGUCUACUUGCUGAUGAAGAUGCCGCUCUCGCUGGUGUCGCUGAUGCCGUCGAACCUGGCCGCGCUCUGGGAGCCCGCGAGGGCGCCGUGCGCGCCGGAUAUCGAGCACAUCCAGUCUCUCAUCUCCCUCUUCUUCCUCGCCAUCCCGGGCCUGCUCGCCCUCAUCGCCGCCAUCCCCGCCGGCAAGAUGCCCAUCACCGCGCGCGUGCAUGCGGCCAUCCUCGCCGCCAUUGCGGCGCGCAACAGCGGCGGCGACGCGGGCGAGGGCGGCGACGCGGGUGGAGAGAGGGAGGUGAUCGACCCCGUGUACGGCGAGCCGGUGCAGCGGCCGCCAAACACGGCGGCCUCGCUGCUGCACGAGCACUUCUCGCCGUCCGAGUGGCAGUCUUUCCCCACCCUCGGCUCGCUGCGCGCGUUCCUCGUCUCUCGGCUGCUGCUCUGGGUCGCGCUGGCGGCGGCGCUGGUGGCGGGGAUGGCGUACUCGGGCGUCGAGGCGGCCGUCACCUUCGGCUGCCUCCUCCUCUCCGCCCUCUUCAUCCUCAUCCCGUGGGACGGCGUCCGCCUCUACGCGCUGUCCGGUCCGGCCGCGUCCAGCCUGGUCCCCGCCCGCACCGCACCGCCCUGAGGCGGGCGCGGCCCAGGGCAGGGGUACGGCCGGCAGAGAGGAUUUCGGCUUGCACGGAGCGCAGCUGCUUGUCGGGCUCGCGCCUCGAGUGAGCCGUGCCGAUUGCAGGCCCGCCAGCGCAGCAGGCGAGAGACCUGCGCUAGGACUUGCGGCAGACCUCGUGAAGCUUGGGUGGCACGCAGUACAUGGGGAAACAGAGGAAUGCCAGUCCCAGAGGAGUUAUAGUAUCCGUGACAUGCCAUCGACUGUUCGUUUGUUGUUUCCUAGACGUGUUCCUCUAUUCGUGGAGCGGGCCGGCGCCGGCCGGCCGCCGGGGCGAUUCAGAUGUUCCCAACAAAAGUCAAAACUCGCAUAUCUCCC